AUGCUCAGCCUCCCCAGGACCUUGCUGAUGCCACGUCCAAACACCAUAGCAGGGCUGGAGAUACACUUUAUACUGCUGUUCAGUCGGCAGGGGAAAUUAAGGCUUCAGAAAUGGUAUACGACGCUACCUGAUAAAGAGAAGAAAAAGAUCAUUCGAGAAAUUGUUCAGAUUAUUUUGUCUCGCAAUCAAAAAACAAGUAGUUUUGUUGACUGGAAAGACCUCAAGCUUGUUUACAAAAGGUAUGCUAGUUUGUAUUUCUGUUGUGCAAUAGAAGACCAGGAUAAUGAGCUCCUGACACUAGAGGUUGUUCAUCGAUACGUAGAGCUUCUGGACAGAUACUUUGGAAACGUGUGUGAGCUGGAUAUUAUCUUUAAUUUUGAAAAAGCUUAUUUUAUUCUUGAUGAGUUUAUAAUUGGCGGAGAAGUACAAGAAACUUCAAAGAGGUCUGCAGUGAAAGCCAUAGAAGACUCUGACAUGUUGCAGGAGACAGUGGAAGAGUACAUGAACAAGCCUGCAUUUUAAUGUUAAAACUACCUGGAGGGGAACUGCUGUAUGCAUCUGCAAAAUGCACUUCCUGAAAUUGCUUCCCAAAGUGCCAGAUCCUCAGAGAAAUACCAAAAACCAAUAAGUAAAUGGGUUUGUUUGUAUAAUGGUGAAGAUGAAGGUCAGCUAAUGUAGCACAGGGCUUAACAAUUCUGUACUUGCAUUGCUCCGCAUGUGAGUUUCUCAGAGGUAGUACCCUUGAUCUAGUUUCUCUGCUCCUUGCUGGAAUAAACACCUGUUUUAUACUGUGUCUUUUAGCUGCGGGUUUUGUCAUCAUAAAAUGUUACUCUGAUAGAGGUAUUUUUACUAGUUUUGGUCCAUUGCUGACCAUAUGACUCUACUUUUGUACAAAUGUCCAUUAUUUUGAAUGUAAUGAUUAUUCUGCUCUAAUAAUAACAACUUUUUUUUCUAAAAGCCAA